AUGUCGACCGGUCAAUGGGAAAUUGUUGGAAAAAGCAAAAAAUCUCAAAAUGGUAAGGUAAAAAAUGUUAAAGAAGAUGAGAAGAAACCGCAAAAAAAUCUUCCUAAACUUGAAGAUAUUUUACCUCAUUCUCAAAUAAAAUCAUUUUAUGCGGGCAUGGAAAUAGAUGAUACCAGAAAACCGCCAAAAGAGAAAAAGAAGGAGGGAGACAAAAAGGCUAAGAAGCAGCAGGAUAAGAAAGCUGAACCUCCUAAACCUAAGCCACCUAAAACCAUUGAAGGAGCUUUGGAAGCAAUUGACCCAGCGGAACUUGCAAAUAUAAUAACAACUAAUAAAAUACGAUUUUCUAAUGCUCCAUUAGUUUGGCUGAAAGAAGUUGCUAAUUACCUUAAUUCAAAAACACAAAUAGAUGUUGAUGAUCCUACUUUCUCAAACUAUCCACCAACAUAUCCACUUUGUGCUAUUCCUGCAGAAAUUAAGAGCAGCUUGGAAAAUGUUUUAAAAGAUGCUGGGAAAGCCAACAAUCAAUUAUUUUUUGAUGUUACUCUCACCGCGUUAGCUAAUGAUAUGAGUAGAGGUCAGUUAGUAAAUGGGCACAGGCUUCUCUUGCAAAUGCUUGCUCUAGAGUUUCCCGAAUUCUGCACAGCAUCAAUUCCAAAAAGUGUCAGCUUAAGAAACUCUUACCAAAACCGACCUCCUAUUGGGCUUUCUUUAUUAUGGGCAUAUGGACAAGGAGGGCUCAAAGAUUUUGCUGUUGGAAUGAAAGUUUGGCAGGAAUUGUUUCUUCCUAUUAUUGAGUUGAAGAAUUAUUCAAAGUAUGUUUUAGCAUAUUUGUCUAAGCUCUUGGAUAGGCAUGGGAACAUGGACAGCACUAAAAUUAGCCAGGAGCAACUUUUAACAAUGUUCGAUUUGAUUAAUAAUAAGAAAAAUAGUCUAUCUAAAGAGUUGUCAAGUGACCUUAUCAAACAAUUAAGUAAAUAUAAGGAUGUAUUUUUCAAUAAAAGCGGCAAUAAGUUACAAGUGACCUUUAACCAACUAAUGAAGAAAUUACCAAAUCAAUAUUUAAGUGGUACUAGUUUGGAUUCAUACAAUAGAGUUCUAGUUGAAACUUUAGUAGAUUGUUUGGGACAUGAUGAUUCUUGCAAUGCCACUUGGAGACAAUUAUUCCAUAAAUGUACUAAGCAAUCCGCUACUCUGCUUGAUCUUAUUGAUAGCAAUUGGACAGAAGUAAGUCCGAAGCUGAAGCUGAAAUCUUUAAAAACUACAGUAAUCCAAUAUAAAGAAAUCAGCAAAGAUGCAUUAAAAGGAAAGAAAAAAGAUGAGACAGUUGUUAAGGCAGAUAAAAUAUGCCAGACUGAAAUAAGAUCGAUAAUUUUAUUAAUAAAAAAGUGUAUUCAGGAUAUUCUAGACAGAAUGACGAGCACUAGAAGGUUCCCUUGGCUGUGGGCCAGUUUCUUACUGUUGGUUGCCAUUGCUGGAUUGAUCACAUAUGAUGUCUCUAGAGUUGGUGGCAAUUUUCCCAAAAGUAAUACUGGACGAUUGAUGAAAGAUCUAGGCAUCCUAGAGCACAGUCAAAAAGCAUGGCAAAAGACAUUGUCUACUUCAGCGCGUGGAUAUAUUUGGCUGGAAACCAAUACUCCAAUAUAUUAUGCUCAAACUGUUGAAAUUUGUAAGCCAUAUUCACAGCUCUCUAAAGAUGUGCUCAUAUUGACUAUGAAGAAAGCUGGAAUACUUUAUGACAACAUUAGAGAGUAUGUGGUAGAAAAAACACCUGUAGUUGUUGCUACUAUUGAACAAUAUGCCCCGGGAAUGAUCGAAAAUAUUCAAUUUUACACAUCAUCUGCAUUUGCUACAUUGAAGAAGUAUGUAACAGAUUAUUAUAUUUGGAUGGCAGAAUAUUUGAAGACUAAAGUUUUUAUAGGCGAAUGGGCACCUGAGAUUCUACAAAAUAAAACACAAGUGGCAUUGAAUGCAACUAAGUACCAUAUGUCAUCAUAUUUCCACUGGUUCAGAGAACAAGUCCAUGUGUAUUCGGAGAUACCCUGA